GUGCGAACAUCUCCUUAAAUUAGAAGCCAUCGGAGCAGCCACCUUACUGCUUCGGGGGCAAGGGUUUAGGUCACCGCCUCGCUCGUCUCGCUCUGUGGCUGCGACCGCUGUAGCUCGCCAAAAAGAAUGAGUCGUUUCCCUGAAAUCAAGUGGGCACAGCGUAUUGACAAGGUCUACGUCACUGUUCAAUUGCCUGAUGCAAGAGAUGUGAAAGUUAAUCUAGAACCUGAUGGCAUUUUCAAUUUCUCUGCCACAGCUGGUGUUUCAAAUAAUUUUUACGAGCUAAAAUUAGAACUUUUUGAUAAAGUAAAUAAAGAGGAAAGCAAAAUUAAUAUAGGUGUCAGGUCUAUCUUUUGUGUGAUUGAAAAAGCAGAGCUGCAGUGGUGGAAGAAGCUACUGCGUGGUGAGGGAAAGACUCCUCACUAUGUGAAAGUUGAUUGGGAUAAGUGGGUAGAUGAAGAUGAUGAUGCAGGUCGGCCUGAUUUGGAUUUGGGAGGCAUGGAUUUUUCGAAAUUUGGUGAUAUGGGUGGUGGUGCUAUGGAUGAUGAUUUUGAAGAUAGUGAUGACGAAGAGCCAGCAGAAAAAACUGAACAUGCACCUGGAGAUGCCAAAACCCAAGAAAACCUGUCGGAUGACAAAAAAGCAGAUUGAAGCAGCAUGUGAAAGCCCUUCCAUAUGUUUUUGGCAUCAUUGUUGUGGUUUACUAUCUGGAUUGAGGAGACAUGUUAAAUUGCUAUAUUAGCCUUAAAUCAUCUAAGAGGAGACAAGGUGUUGAGAUUAUGAGAUUAGCUUCUAGGGUUGACUGAUUGUUGAAAAUUGUGAUUCCUUGCUUUGCUAAUCAUGUCAUUGAAGUUUAACAAUUUACUCUGUCGCCAGCAUGAUUUGUUGAAACUGUGGUUGGUCUGUGCCAUCCAAUUUUCUCUCA